AUGUUAAAAGAUGUGGUACUAACUAUUUGUGAAUAUUCUCAGAACCAUCCUUAUUGGACAUUCAUAGUUGUCAUUAUUUUAUUUUGCAUUUAUUAUACGAUUUAUCUACCGGUCACUUCACCUUUAUGGAAAGUACCAGGUCCACACUUAUACAGAAUCACCAAAAUCCCAUAUUUGAAUCAUCAAAGGAAAGGUUCAUGGAUAGGGACAGUAUAUAAUUUACAUUUAAAAUAUGGUCCAGUUGUUAUACUUUCUCCCACUGAAAUAAGUUGUAAUGGAUCAUCAAAUUUUAUAAAUGAUAUUUAUUUAAAAAAUUUACCAAAAUCUAAAUUUUAUGAAAAUUUUACUAAUCAUGGAUCUGAUAAUAUCUUUGCCACUUUAGCUAAUGAUAAACAUAAGAAUUAUAAAAAAAUCAUUAAUAAAUUAUAUAAUAAAAGUAAUAUUUUUAGUUUUGAAAAUAAUACUAGAACUAUUUUAAUAAAUACAACCAGAUCAUUAAUCAAAGUAAUUUAUGAUAGUUCAAUAAAUGGUAAAAAUCCAGAUAAUCAUACUUUAAAUUCAAAUUUCAAUCCUCAUGGAAAAAGUCAUAAAGAACCAAAUUGGUAUAAUAAAUCAAAACAAAUUAAAAAUUUAUCAAUGGAUGUAUUUACAUUAUUUGGAGCAUUAGCAAUGGAUGUUGUAUCAAAAUUUGAAUUAGGUGAAAAUAAUGGAACAAAUUUAAUUGAAAAUCCAAAAGAAAGAGAAGUUAUAUUAAAACAUAGACAAGUAUCUGGAAUGGGAUUUUGGACAACUUUAAUGCCUCAAUUUUUUUGGGAUUUUGCUGCAAAUAAAAUUGUGUUACAAGCUUUUAAAGAUAUUACAAAUUUUCAAAUUCAACUUUAUGAAUUUGCUGAAAAAAAUUAUGGUAAAAAUGGUAAGAAUUUAACAACUUUAGAAACUUUAAAAAAAAAUGGUCUUAGGGGAAAUAAAGCUUAUCUGUUUUUAAGUGAUAAUUUAUUUGCUGGUCAUGAAACUACUGCUGUUCAAUUAUGUUAUUUAACUUAUGAAUUAUCAAGACCUGGUAAUGCUAAUAUUUUGAAAAAUUUACAAAUGGAAUUAUUUGAAAAUUUUGGAAAACCUCAGGAUAGUAAUGAUAUGAUAAUUGAUUUGGAAAAAGUUGAUUCUUUACCAUUUUUAAAUUCAUUAAUUUUAGAAAACUCAAGAGUUCAUUCAUCAAUACCAGGAGCAGAACCAAGAGUUUUAGAUAAAGACUACCAUAUUGAUCAAUUUAAAAUUCCUAUAGGAACAACAAUAUCAUGUUUACCUUAUGCAUUACAUAGAGAACCAAAAAUUUUCCCAAAACAUGAUGAAUUUAUACCUGAAAGAUGGUUAAAAUAUUCAGAAGAAAAUGAACAACAAUAUCAAGAAAGAAUUAAAUUACAAAAUAAAUUUAUGAUGCCAUUUGGUAAAGGUAUAAGGAUGUGUUUAGGAAUGCAAUUAGCUUUAAUUGAAAUGAAAUUAACCAUAGCUAAUAUUUAUUGGCAUUUUAAUACAAAAUUAGAUCAAGAUUGGUGUGAAAUUGAACCAAUUUUAAAACCAAUCAAAUUAGGUUUGGUAAAUUGUGGUGAAAAUAAUUAUGAUUUUGAAAAAAUGACAAUGUUUGAUUUUUAUACUAUUAACCCAAUUAAUGAUGAAUGUUGGUUAAGAUUUUAUGAAAAUAGUUAG